AAGAACCCAAAUUUUUUCGAUUUUUGACACCUGUCGAAUUUCUUCAAUUUUUCGACCAAAAAUACGUAUCAAAAAAAUUCAAAGCACAUAUAUUCGUGAUCGCCUCGAAGUCCUUUAUCCAACGGUGUCUGAUAUGUUCGAAAAUAAGAUUUCACUUUAAGUUUGCAUUCCGUGCAUCUUAGUUGAAUCUCCUGGUAUUUCAGAAAGAGCACUUGUAUCUCACUCCUACAAAGAUUUUAUGAUCCAAGUGAUGGCUCCGUGUUACUAGAUGGACAUAAUAUAAAAUCUCUUAAUGUCAAGUGGCUGAGGUCUUUAUUUGGAUUUGUUCAACAAGAACCAGUAUUAUUCAAUAUUAGUAUCAAAACAAACAUCGCUUAUGGCGAUAAUACUAAAGUCAUGACCGAUAAAGAAAUCGAAACUGUUGCCAGAAUAGCCAAUAUACAUGAAUUCAUCAUAGCAUUGCCCAAGGGUUAUGAUACAGUAUGUGGUUCUAAAGGCUCACAGUUGAGUGGAGGAGAAAAACAGAGAAUUAGUAUUGCUCGAGCCCUGGUGCGUAAUCCUAUGGUAAUUUUAUUCGAUGAAGCAACAUCUGCACUUGAUUCACAAUCAGAAAAAUUAGUUCAAGAUGCAGUUUACAAAGCGCAAUCGAAUCGAACAUCAUUGACAAUUGCACAUCGUUUAUCAACUAUACAAAAUAGUGAUAAAAUAAUUGUUGUCAAUCACGGCAGAGUACGUGAGGAAGGUACACACAAAGAAUUACUCAAUGAGAAAGGCAUUUACUCUCGUUUAUUAAUGGCUCAAGAAAAACAGUUGAAAAGGUUUCUCUAA